UAGCCUUUAUGUUAGAAAUCAGCUGCAGAUGCUAAAUGUUUACACUUUACAAUCAAAAUGUCAAAUUUGUUGUUAAACGUCCACGAAAGUGCUACGUUGAAAAAGUCUGGCGAUAGUUAUUUAGUGUGUGGAGAUUAUGAAUAUUAUCAUUAUUUAUGCGAGGGUUUUGAUGACCGGGGAUGGGGUUGUGGCUACAGGACACUACAGACUAUAUGUUCCUGGAUGAAACAUAACCAUUUGGAUGUUAAUGUGCCAUCUAUAAGAGACAUUCAAUCGAUACUAGUUGAAUUAGAAGAUAAACCUAAAACAUUCCUGGGUUCUAAACAGUGGAUUGGAAGUUUUGAGGUAUGUUUGGUGAUUGACAAAUUAUUUGAUGUGCCAUGCAAGAUCCUGCAUGUGAAUAAAGGUAGCGAGUUGGAAACAGUAUCGGAGACACUGGUCAACCAUUUUAAAAAGUUUGGCAGCCCGGUGAUGAUGGGAGGUGAUGUAGAUUGCUCUUCCAAAGGUAUCAUGGGAAUCCAUGUUGGAAGCGAUGAAAUCAGUUUGUUAGUUGUGGAUCCCCAUUUUGUUGGCAAGGAACAAACAAAGAACUUUUUAUUUAACAAAGGUUGGGUGAAAUGGCAGCCACUGUCAGACUUCUUGAGUUCAUCAUUCUACAACCUCUGCUUACCUCAAGUAAAAUCGAAAUAUAGCUAAUCAAUUUUAUAUUUUUUGAAGAUUAUUUUAUGAUAAUGAGCGUUAACAUAUUCAUCCUUUUUUGUUGAUAUUUGAAUAAAAAUAAAAUAUUUUAUAAUGUUA